AUGACCCAACCAAUGCAUGACAGUCGACAGCCUAUUGCUAUUGUAGGCUUUGCAUGUCGCCUCCCAGGUGGUAACUACUCGCCACACAAGUUCUGGGAGUUUUUGGAACGAGGCGAGAUUGCAUACAACAAGGUGCCAGAGUCAAGAUUCAACCAUGCGGCUCAUUAUGAUGGGUCAUUGAAACCCCGGACCAUGCGCCAACCCGGUGGCAUGUUUCUCAAAGAUAUUGACUUGGCGGACUUCGAUGCAACCUUCUUCGAGCUACCAGCUGCCGAGGCGACUGCGAUGGACCCUGCGCAGAGGCAAAUGCUGGAGGUGGUCUACGAAGGCCUAGAGAAUGCUGGCAUUCCCCUCGAUAAGAUCAAUGGCCAACUUGUCGGCUGUUAUGUUGGCAACUACGCCUCAGAUUAUGCAGACAUGGGUGCUCGAGACCCCGAAGACCGAGCGCCUGGCCAUGGGCUAGGAAUUGCACGCACCAUUCUGGCCAACCGCUUGAGUCACUUUUUAAAUGUUCACGGACCUAGCAUCACCCUUGACACCGCUUGCUCCAGUAGUCUAGUCGGCCUAGACCUUGCCUGUCAGGCUCUGCGGGCAGGUACAAUUGAUACGGGAAUUGUGGCCGCGGCCAAUGUGUACAUGAGUCCAGAACAUCUGAUUGAUGCUGGCGGCGUUGGAGGAGCACACUCGCCUACGGCUUUGUGCCAUACCUUUGACGCCGCUGCUGACGGUUACGUCAAGGCUGAGGCGGUAAACACAGUCAUUGUGAAGAGACUAUCGGAUGCCAUUCGCGAUAAGGACCCUAUCCGUGCCGUGGUUCUAGGUACGGCCGCGAACCAUAACGGAAGGACGAUGGGCAUCGCCAGUCCAAGCGCGGAGGCUCAAGCGAUGGCCAUUCGCGCGGCCUAUGCGAACGCAGGGAUCACUGACUUCAAUAAGACUGCCUUUUUUGAGUUCCACGGAACAGCAACGCAAGCAGGUGACGCCGCAGAAAGUGAGGGAGUUGCAUCUGUCUUCUCUGCGACCCGAGCGGCCGAAAGUCCGUUGAUCAUAGGAUCUGUCAAGAGUAACGUCGGCCAUUCUGAGCCAGCUGCUGGCUUGACGGGUCUCAUAAAGGCGGUCCUCUCUAUCGAGAAGGGGGUCAUUCCCGGCAAUCCCACUUUCGUUAACCCGAGCCCCAAAAUUGACUUUGCUGGAAACAAGUUGAGGGCUACAAGAACAUUAAUCCCAUGGCCUAAGGACGCGCUACGGAGAGCGUCUGUCAAUUCAUUCGGCAUCGGCGGCACCAACGCGCAUGCGAUAGUGGAGGUGGCCAAGGCAGAACACAGAUUAAACCAUGUAUAUUCAUAUCGCGAUGCAAAUAGUGACUUCACACUGGACGAUGAUGAUGAUGAUGAUGACGACGACGACGAGGAAGCGAAUCAGAUAUAUACUCUCGUUAUCUCUGCAAACGACAGCGCGAGCCUUGCCGCAAACACCCGAGCUCUCUGCGCUCAUCUAAUAAACCCCAGUGUGAAAGUCAAUCUCGCAGAUGUGGCAUAUACCCUCUCCGAACGUCGUACACGCUUGUUCCAUCGAGCGUUCGUAUCUACGCGAACCACGGAGCUUCACGAGAAUCUGUUCACCGUUGCCAAGAAGAGCCCCAAGGUACCCAACGUUGCAUUUCUCUUCACAGGUCAAGGAGCCCAAUGGCCUCGAAUGGGUAGGGCCCUUGUGGAGGCUGUUCCAUGGGUUCGCUCCACGCUGGAAGACUUGGAUAGGGUUCUUCAAUCCUUACCAAAUCCACCCGAGUGGUCCCUUGUCUCCGAGUUGACGGAAGAUCGGUCUGCCGAACAUGUACGCCAACCCGACCUGGCACAACCGCUGGUCGCUGCGCUUCAGGUGUGUCUUGUGGACGUAUUGAGAUCGUGGGGGAUCAAGCCAAGCAGCGUUCUCGGCCAUUCAUCCGGAGAAGGCGCCGCGGCCUACGCCGCUGGUUGGAUGUCGCGUGAAGAUUGUAUCAAAUGCGCUUUCUACCGGGGCCAAGCGGCCAAGAAUAUCAGUGAUCAGAUGGAAACCGAUGUAGGUAUGCUUGCUGUUGGUGUCAGUGCCGAGGCAGCUGCGCCAUUCGUGGAGAAGCACCCCGGCAAUGCAUACAUAGCAUGUUAUAACAGUCCUACCAGUCUCACCAUCUCGGGUAGAACCUCUGCUCUCAAAGCAAUCGAGACGGAGCUCAAGGCAGCUGGCCAUUUUGCACGGGGUUUGUUAGUUGACAUGGCGUAUCACACCCCAUUCAUGGCUGCUGCUGCGGAAGGUUACCAGAAGCUUCUCGACAACGACCAAGAAUUUGGACGCCAAGAUGGCUCUCAAUCUGGCAUAGCAAUGUACUCUUCGGUGUCAGGCUUAAAGAACGAGACGCGAACGGGAUCCAUGUAUUGGAAAACUAACAUGAUCUCUCCUGUACGUUUUGAUGCCGCACUGGAGGAGAUGAUCAAGCAAGAGUCUCCUGAUAUCCUAAUCGAACUGGGGCCGGCAGGGGCUCUGGCUGGCCCGGUCGCGCAAUUGUUGAAAUCUCUGGCCAAUGCAGGACACAUAACAUACUCCACUGCAUGGAGUCGCGGGGCCAAUGCUAAAAAGUCGCUGUUUGAUGUCGCCGGCCGGCUCUUCAUCCAAGGCGGCAACGUUGACCUUGCGGUGGUAAAUCGGUACAACGACACAACGGUACAUACUGUAGUUGACCUGCCCAACUAUUCAUGGAAUCAUGCCGUCAAGUAUUGGCAUGAAAGCGCCUCGAGCAAGGACUGGCGAUUCAGGAAGUUCCCUGUUCACGACCUCCUGGGUAGUAAAGUGCUCGGCGCUCCUUGGCACACUCCGGUCUGGCGCAAUCGACUGAACGCCAGCAAUGUACCAUGGAUCAUGCAGCAUCAGAUGGGAGGCGAUGCCAUCAUGCCCGCGGCUGGUUACCUGACUAUAGCCGUCGAAGCACUCUUCCAGAAGCUCCGUGCCCUGAACCCUGACAAGUGUCCCGCAAGUCCCAACGAGCUCAGCUAUUGCUUCCGCAAUGUGCGCUUCCAACGAGCGAUGGUGGUCGAGGAGAACAAGGACGUCCGCAUGAUGCUCACCCUCACCACAGUCCCCGGUAGCAAGGACUGGCAUGAAUUCCGCAUUUCUUCCACGUCUGAGGCAGACGUUACUGCGGAACAUUGUUUCGGUCUGAUUCGUACCCAAGAUGCCGUCGACGACGUUUCGCAGCAUCUCACACCCCUGAAAUCCACCGUCCCGGUCGAGCGGUGGUACAAGGCUACCAGAGAUAUCGGUAUGGGCUUCGGACCUGCCUUCAAGAGAAUGCUCCAGGUGGAGUCGAGAAGUGGUGUACGUGCGUGUCGGGUGCUCCUCACGAUGCAGCCGCCAGAGUCGGCGCAUUCGCCUCAGUCUUACUAUCCAGUUCAUCCAGCUGCACUUGAUGGCUGCUUCCAGACUCCCAUCCCCGCAAACAUGGAAGGAGAUAUCGUCAAUGUCAGAGAUGUCAUGAUCCCAACGAUCGUCGACGAGGUCAUCAUCAACAAGCUUCCCACUGAACUUAACCAUGCUAUUGCGGAUGCCAGCUCUGUAUACUCGGAACGAGGCCGACUAGACCAGGACAAAUCCUGGGUCGCCAGUAGCUCCGUUUUCGACUCCCAAAGCGGUGCUUUGAUGGUUCGUGUCACUGGCCUCCACUACAUCAAGUUGGAUGUGCCUCCGAAUCCGGACCCUCACACGUUUGACCAGAUUAGCUGGGCACCAGAUGUCUCGCUCUUGACGCAGGACCAGAUGCUGCACCUUGACCCUGUAACCUCAGGCAACCGACUCAACAAAGUCAUCGAUCUCAUUGCUUACAAGAAUCCCGCAUUGAGGGUCUUGGAGGUCAAUCUCGACGAAGAAGAUUCGUCGUGCUUGUGGUUUGAUUCUGGCAACGCGGCGUACAGACAAUCUUACACUCAGUACGACUUCGGCGCGUCAAACAGCAGUCCUCUGGCAAGCGUCUCGGCCAAGUACGAAGGCAAGGAAAACAGCGCCUUCCUCCUCAUUGUCCCAGACGAACAGGGUCUCGGCAUAUCGCCAUCUCCAGAGCCUUACGACCUGGCUUUGAUCAAACUUUCUAAAACGGCAUCCACAGCCGAGGAUAUCCUGCACAAUAUUCUUCCCCUGCUGUCUGCCAAUGCUUGCACGCUUGUAGUGCGUGCGAGGGAUGAGAAUGCGGCGACCGCAGAGCAGGAUGGAUGUGCAGGCGAAUCGGAUGGAUUCGAGCAUGUCACCACCGCCGAAACGUCGCACACAGCGUCGGCGGGUUCAGCCGCAGGAUCUUCCAGAUCAGAGGACGAAAAGGCUUCCAGUUCCAUCGAUUCAGCUGCUUGGAAUCACGAUUACCUCAAGCACAACAAUGUUGCAGGCCCCAUCGAGCUUGGAGACACCACUGAGGAUGGACGAUCGGCCUAUUUCUUGGCACCGACUCGAGCAGAUCAGAUCAAAUCUACCAGCCAGCGAACGCUUGUGGUCCCUCGAUUGAUCGACGGUGCCAAUUCAGCUCUGACGGCGUCGCUUCGAUCUAGCCUCGAGUCGGCAGGCUGGCUCGUAGAGGAGCGUUCGGCUCCGUUCCUGAAGCUCGCAGAAGGCGAAAUCGCUGUUGUCUUGGAUGAAUUGACAGGCCCCUUGCUUCGAUAUGCGAACGAAGAUCAGUGGAAUGCCAUCAAGGCACUGGUCAGCUCCGGCAACCCACUACUCUGGGUCACAAAGGGAGCGCAGUCCUCUGCAACCGAUCCCGAUCAUGCCUUAGUUUACGGUUUGUUCCGCGUGGCUCGCCGAGAAGAUCAUGGCGCCAACCUCACCAUCCUCGACGUGCAGUCCAGCACAGGCCGUGCAAUGGAGCUCGCUAUCGAUCAAGUGCUUCGAUUGUUGGCUGCAGGUGCGCUGACGGAAAGCGAACUCAUGGAGCGCGAAGGCGUCCUGCACAUCCAGAGAGUCAUUCCCGAUGUGCCCAUCAAUGAGUUCAAGCGUGCCGAGACCCAAGGGCUGGAGGUCAUUCCCAAAUCAUUCCACGGUAAUGAGGUGCAGGUGCAACUGAGAGCUGAGCAGCUAGGCACACUCGAGGGUCUGACCUGGUGCGAGACAGAAGUAACUGAGCCCGCAGUUGAAGAGGACCAUAUUGAGGUUGAAAUCAUGGCGGUCGGUGUCAACUUCAAGGACGUUGCCGUGACCAUGGGGAUCGUUCCCGAUAACGAAUACAGCCUCGGCUACGAGUGCGCUGGUGUUGUUCGACGGCUCGGGCCAGCAGUGAAGAAGUUCCAUGUCGGCGAUCGUGUGUGUAUGAUGAAGCAAGGCAGUCACGCAAACCGUAUCAGAGUCCAUAUUGACCGCUGCCACGUCAUCCCGGAUACGAUGAGCUACGAGGAUGCUGCCACUAUUCCAUGUGUAUAUUUGACAUCUCUCUACGCCUUGUAUCACUUGGCAGGUUUGCAAGAAGGCCAGUCUGUCCUCAUUCACUCUGCAACGGGGGGCAUUGGUAUCGCUUGCAUCGAGCUCGCUCGGCACAAGAAGGCAGAGAUCUACGUGACCGUGGGCACGGAGGAGAAGCGCCAAUUUUUGGAAAAAGAAUACGGCAUCCCAAGAAGCCGCAUGUUCUCUUCUCGGAACACCAAAUUCGCAAGCGAAAUCAUGCGAGAGACCAAUGGUCGCGGCGUCGAUGCCAUUGUCAACUCACUGGUUGGGGAACUGCUUGAUGCUUCGUGGAGAAUUAUGGCAGAUGGUGGCACCAUGGUCGAGAUCGGCAAGAGAGAUAUUGUGGACCGAAACACUUUGGCCAUGGAACCUUUCGACAGGAACUGUUCAUUCCGAGCCAUUGACCUCUCUUACACCAAGCACUUCAACGAGAAAAUUGUAGCAAGGCUCCUGACUGAACUUUUUAUUCUCAUCAACGCAGGUCACAUCAAACCGAUUCAUCCGGUCACCACGUACGACUUUGAAGAAGUCCCCGCAGCCCUGGCCUUCAUUCGCACUGGACGUCAUAUUGGUAAGGUCGUGAUAACAAACAAGAAUGACAGAGAGAUCAUUGUGCCCACACGACCCGCCAUCCGUGGACUCAGGUUAUCUCCAGAUGUCUCGUAUCUCAUUGUGGGAGGUCUGAAGGGCCUCUGCAGUACGCUGGCUGUGCACAUGGCACAGCAUGGUGCUCGACACAUUGUCAUUAGCAAUCGCAGCGGUAUCAGUGAUGAGGCGUCGGCUGAGAUUGUGCGAGACUGCAUGUCGUAUGGAUGCCGGGUGACUGAGGCCAAGGGUGACAUUGGAAACAUGGAUUUCGUGAAAGGUUUGGUGCAAAACACCUUUCCAAGGAUUGGUGGCAUUGUCCAGGCAGCCAUGGCGCUGAACGACACGAGCUACGAGUCGAUGACCCAGGAACAGUACCAGAACACAAUCUAUGCCAAGGUUGAGGGCACCUGGAACCUGCACAAUGCCACUCAAGAGCUGUUGAAGCAACCUCUGGACUUCUUCACCAUGCUCUCAAGUACCUCGGGCGUUGCAGGUCGUGUAGGUCAAGCCAACUAUGCCGCUGCCAACACAUUCCUUGAUGCUUUCGCCAGCUGGCGGCAGCGCCAGGGUCUAUGUGCCAACUCAGUCGAUCUUGGAUUGAUCGAAGACGUUGGAUAUGUUGCCGAAGACGAGACGGGUCUGGAUGCGAAGAUCAACAGAGCCCACUGGAUCCCUAUCAACGAAAGCAUGUUACGCCGCAUCUUCACCUACUCCGUGUUGCAGCAAGAUAGACAUGCUCCGAUCAACCAGAAGACCUCUGCUCAAUUAGUAACUGGAAUUGCCUACCCAUAUCCGCAAGACGGAUCGGACACUUCGCUCAACCCCCGCUUUAGCCAUUUGUGGUCUUUCCGUGGCGCUGGACGCAAGGGAGGCGCGGACAGUGGCAGCGGCAGCGACGACAUCGACCAAGGAAUUCGCGCUCUACAAUCGUUGCACAAGUCAGAUGCCGAUACUACAAGUUUGACAAAAGCUUGCAUCCAAGUCAUUUGCUUGCAGUUUGCACGCAUUUUGCGACUCAGCGAGGAGGUAGAGCCGGGCAAGUCACCCAUGUCAUAUGGACUUGAUUCGUUGUCGGGUGUUGAGCUGCGCAAUUGGGUACGACACAAGCUUGACGUUACGCUGAGCACUCUGGAUAUCGUCAAUGCCCCUUCUUUACUGGCUCUGGCUGAGAAAAUUGUGUCAAAACUCUCGUCAUAG